AUGGCCGGCGGGACUCGUCGAGCUGCAGCGACCAACGUGAUUCUCUUAGAUGACGAAGAUGACGAUAACGAGGAUGACAAUAACGUGGAUGGCGUUGACGAGGAUGAGAUUGACGUGGUGGAAUGGCGCGGUGGCGUGAAGGAUACGCGAUCGUUGAGGACAAGGCGAGUGGAGAAGCCGUUGGGGAAUGAUAGAGCGGCAAGACGAGCGCCAGGACGGUUGGCUAAGGGAAAGGGGAAGGUCGAGGAGGUAGAGGAGGUAGAGGAGGUGGAGGAGGAGGAUGAGUGCGUGGAAGUAGCAUCAGGCGCGGGACGCGCUAAAAGCAGUCUCGUUACUAAUGGAUGCAGUGCUGCAGGCGCGAAUGCGAAGAGAGGAACGAAGCGGGACCGAGAGGAAAGUGGCGAAGCUUCAAAGAAGCUUCCACCCUUGUCGGGGUUUCAAGCGCAGCGCAUCCGGGCAACGAUGCAAGGCCGUGGGUGUCAGCCCAUGGGCCGGCCGGCAGAUUACGUCCCUUCCCUCCGCGCCGCCGCCCUCCUUCCUCCUCACAACAAAGCACCUCCUUCUCAUCAUGCCACCACCAGCACCAGCAACAGCCAGCAACGUGUUGGUGGUGGUGGUGGUGCCACCUCUUACUCUCUCGCCAACCAAAGGGAGCCACGAAAGCGUGGGGCCGUUGAUGCUGAUCCUGACACGCUGCAGUGCGAUCUGAGCCGUCGGUCGGCCGGAGCUGCGCGCGACCACACGGAUGGCAGCGAAGGGGGGUUGGAUGCACUGUGGCAGGGCCUAGUGAGCGAUGCACCCUUGCACACACGCGGGGAUGCACAUGCACAUGCACAUGCACCUGAUGCUGCUGCUGCUGAGGGGACUCGUGGUGCUCGUGCUCGUGCAGAGGGUGCUGGAAGUCGAAUACCUGCUGCUGCUGCUGCUGCUGCUGCUGCUGCUGCUGCUGCUGCUGCUGUUAAAAUCCCCGUGUGCAGAGCCCGUGGCAUUGCUGAUACAAGUGGUAGGGGUGAGAGAGGUGGUGGUGGUGAUGAAGGUGCGAGUGACAGAUGUGAAAGAGGAGAUAGAGGUGGAAGAGAUGGAUGGGGUGGCCUGGGUGGGUUGGCGAAGCUGAAGGGUGUAACGAAUGCAAAGGCAGCAGCAGAAAGGCCGUUGGGUAAAGGCGAGCUGGAAGGCAGAGCACCGCGAGGGAGGGAAGCUGGAGGGAGAGAGGGUGGGGGCGACACUGUUGGGAGAUGCGGCAGACGGGAACAAGUGCGGCAGGCCAGAGAUGAGCCCGAGGCACAUGGGCGUGGUGGAGCCCGGGAGAGUGUUCUUGAGAAGCCUCAGAAAGGGGCGGAAGUCGAGACUCUGGGCAGGAAGCGUGAUAGGGUUACCAGUGGAGGCGGGUCUGAACGGGCACGUGGAGAUGACUUGUCGGGUGGGGCGAUAUCGGACAGGGGGUCGUUGAGGGAGGCCACUGGAGAGGAUGUGCUGGCAGGUGCGCCAGCCGGAGGGCUGAGGCAACGGCAGGGAAUCGGUGGUGCUGAAAGGGGUGGAGAAGGGAAUGCCGAAGUCUGUGAGGGAAAGGGUGGAAGAGAGGUGGGUAGGAGAGGGGGUGUUGUGGUAGGAGGAGGCGUUGUGAGACGGGGUUCUGUGAGAGUUGGUGGUGGAGGAAGUGGGGGCGCAGAGAGACGGGAUGGGGAGAGAGAGGGUAGUGGGCAGGACGAUUUGUUUAUGAAGAGGGGGGAGGAGAGUGGGAUGCAAGUGGCGAGCAGGCGCGGUGUGAGUGGGCGCGUGCAGAGCGGCGGGCUGUUGGAGAUGUUUGGCGUGGCGGAGGUGGUGCCUUCCUCCAGUGCUGAGGCGUCUGAGGAUGGGAGUAGUGGGGAGGACGGGGAGGAGGAUGUGGUGGAGGUGGAGGUGGUGGAGGAGGGUGAAGAAGAGAAAGGAGAGGAAGGGGAAGAGGAGGAAGAGGAAGAGGAAGAGGAGGAGGAAGUGGAGGAGGAAGGGGAAGAGGAGGAGGUCAGAAGGGUUGUGAGGGAUGGAGAGAGAAGAGAUGGAAGGAAGGGGGGCGAUAAAGAGCACAGUGGGCGUGGGAGUGGUAAGGGAAGGGAGGUGGAGGGAGGUUGCACGGACAAGGAGCGGGCCAAGCAGGACGCGCAGCAGGAAUGGGGGAACUGGGAAGAGAUGCGGCAGCAGCAGCCCAAGCCGCAGCCCCAGCAGCGCAAGCAGCAGCAGCCCCAGCAGCCCGAGCGGGAGCAGCGCACUGCGUUUCUGCAAGCAUGGGUUGCGCUGGCGCGCACGGCAGAACCUGCUGCCAUCGAUCAGAGUGUGCAGGAGUUCAGGGCGAGGAAACAGCAACCCUCUGCUCUCCCUGCUGCGCCCUCUGCAUCGCUCUCCACCCCUGUGUCCUCUCCUGUGCCGCUUGUACCUUCCGUGCCCCUCGCAUCUCCCCCGCCUCCUGCUCCUCCUGCUCCUCGUGAUCCUCCAGCUGCUUCUGCUUGUGCUACUGCUGCUGCUUCUCCAGUUGCUCCUCCCGUCGCUGCUGCUGCUGCAACCCGUGCAGCGCAGAACCGCAGGAGGGCAGCGGCGCUGCUGGCAGCAGCGCAGAGGAAGUGGCUGGCGGAGUGUCGGCAGCAGUUUGAGGCGUUUGUGUUUCCGGCGACGGGCACGGACAGCGUGACGGUGCGGUGGGAGGAUGUGGAACGACUGAAACCAGAGGAGUUUCUGAACGAUACUCUUAUUGACUUUUUCCUCAAGCAUCUGAAGGUGCAGGCCAUGGAGCAGCGCCGCAUCGCCUGCUCCCUUGCUGCACCCGACCAAGCACUGCCUCCACCACCGCCGCCAGCAGCAGCAGCAGCAGCCGCGGCAGCAGGUGAGGGGAGCAGCAGUGGUGUGGGCGCAGGCAGGGAUGGAAGCAAGGAGGUACCAGCGGCGGCACGAGAGAAGCCCGGCAGCACCACCACUGCUGGCACCAAGGCAGGUGGGGCACGGGAGCCCCCUCCCUCAGUGCAUUUCUUCAACAGCUUCUUUUUCAAGAUGCUUAUCGGUGGGGAGAAGGACGACCCCUUUCUUUCCACCCAUGCCUCUGCUGCUGCCGCCACACGUGCUGCUGCCGAUGCUGCCGCUGCAGCGGUGGAGGCAGCAAGGAGGGGUAGAGGGGGGGAGGAGGAGGGGAAGGCGGCGCACUGGCGGGUGCGCAAGUGGACCAAGGGGGUCAACCUUUUCGCCUGUGAUUUCGUCUUCAUCCCUGUCAACCUCAGACGCAGUGAUGAAUCAUGCAUUAUGUGGGGCUACACCUCAUCGCCCAAGCCUCCUGUUUCUCCCCAGCCAGCCUCUGUUGCCCCUGCUUCCUCAUCGCCUACCGAUGAGCCUUUUCCAUCUCCGCCCCAUGAUCCACCUCCCACAUCCUCGUCUCACCACCCUGGCCCUGCUGCAACCUCUGUGCACGAGGCUGCUGCUCCCACACCCCCCGGCCACGAGGCAAUGCCAUGCAUUCUGCAUUUUGACUCGCUACCCGGGCUGCACCUGGAUGUGGAGGAGGCCGUGCGCACGUACCUACAGGAGGAGUACCUCGUGCGCCACAAGGUGCUUGUCACACCAGCGCUGAGAAAAGCCUUCAUCCGCCUGCCUGUGUUUCGCCCCAAGGUCCCCCAACAGCCGAAUCUGAGUGACUGCGGGGUUUUCCUAUUGCUCUACGCACAGGAGCUGCUCUCCCACAUGCCACUCACAGUCUGUUGCGCGCCUGCCUGCGACCAGUGCAAGCAAGUGCUGUCCUUCCCCUGGCUGACGCCCGACUCAGCGAAGCCCAUGCGGGCCGCCAUCCGGCGCACGGUGCUGCUGCGAGCCGGGCUGGGGGAGCUGGUGGGGCGCGAACCGCAACGAGAGGAGGCUGUGGUGGGGCGGGAGAAGCAGGGUGGGAGGGAGGAGGGGAGGGAGAUGCAAAGGGAUGGAAGGGAGGAGGAGAAGGAGGAGGGGGAGAGGGAAGGAAGGGACAACGAGGGGAGGGGGCUUGGGGUGGGUCGAGUGGGAGGGAUGGUAGGGCUGUUGGCGAAGGAGAUCCGCAGUGUGGAGGGAGAAGGGGGGAGAGGGGAGGGUGCGGAUGGGAGUGUGGCAGGACGGGCAGAGGGGCAGAAAAAGGGAACACACGAUAAGGGCCAGGAGCAGCAGCAGGAGCAGAAUAGGCGCGUGACUCGAAGUCGCAGCUUGCAUGCCAUCAUGUCGAGCCAGGAAGGAAACCCGUCGGUCAUUGCGCUGCCUGACAACGGAGGCCCUUUGAAGCAGAGCAGGGUUGGUGGGAAGAGGGAGAGGCUCCUGCACACUGUGUUAGAGGAGGGCGGGAAGGAGGAGGAGAGGGAGGAGGGGGAUGUGGUGGAGGUGACAGCGGCAGUGGGGAAGAGGGGCCGGGUGGGACCCGCGGGGAAUGGCGGCAAGGGGUGGGCGGAUGGGGGUGGGAAAGAAGAGAGGGAUGGGCAUAGAGGACAUGUUUCUCGGAGCUGGUUGUCUGACUUGCUGGAUGAGGUUGAUAUGGAGGAGGCUAUGGCGGAGGAAUUGGAGGAGGCAUUGGAGGAGGGGAGAGGAGGGAAGGGAGGAGAGGUGGAGAAAGGAGGGAAGGGAGGAGUGGAGGAAAUAGGAGGGAAGGGAGGGGAGGAGGGAAAAGGAGGAAAGGGAGGGGAGGAGGGAGAAGGAGGGAAAGGACGGGAGGUGGAGAAAGGAGGGAAGGGAGGGGAGGAGGAGAAUAGGGGAAAGGGACGAAUAGAGACUAAAGGAGGGAAGGGAGAGGAGGAGGAGGAAGGAGGGAAGGGAGGGGAGCAGGAGAAAGGAAGAAAGGGAGGGGAGGAGGAGAAAGGAGGGAAGGGAGGGGAGAGGAUGGUGAAACAGAAAGAAGAGAAGAAUGAAGAGGGGAUGGAGGAGAAGAGUCAGAGGAAGGCGGGGAGGACGGAAAAGGAGGCGGCAGUGGAAGAGAAAGGGAACUUGAGAAGUGAGGGGGAGGCAGGGAGGAGAGGCGACGGUCAGUGGGGGGAGGGAAGGAGGAAGGUGGAAGGGGUUCGAAUGGGAGAGAAGAUGGAGGAGGGGAAGGGGGGCAAACAGAUGAGGUGUGUGAAGGAAGUGAGUAACGCAGAGGUGGAAGAGGUGGGCAUUGUAGAGGAAAGAGAAGUGAAGGAAGUGGGGAGGAGCGUACGAGAUGUAUGUGGAGAAGGGGAGGAAGUGAAGGAGGAGGGGCGUAUGGAAGAGGUGGGGUUGAGGGAUGGCGAGCAGGAGCGGGUCCCAAGGGGACACAGCAGAGAGGAGGAGAUGGGGGAGGAGGGAGGACAGCAAGUGACAGGCGAGGCGCAGGGAGAAAGCGGCAGAUGUAAGGAGUUGUCUAAGGUUCGAGUUAAUGCAGGGCAUGAGGUGGCAUGUGGGGAGCAUGAGCUGGCAUGUGAAGGGCAUGUGCUGGCACGUGAAGGGCAUGAGCUGGCACGUGAAGGGCAUGAGCUGGCACGUUAUGUGUUGAUGAGUGAUUCACCCGACGAUGAUGAUGACGCUGCUGCUGCUCUUCCUCCUCCGCCUCCUCCUGUUGCCGCUGCUUCGGCUGCCACUGCUGCUGCUGACGAUGGCAAUGGUGGUAAUGGCUUUGCUGCUAGCAAGGCGUGUGGUGGCACCGGUGUUACUGCUUACAAGCGGCGUGGCGGGCUGGGGGACGAACAUGCUGCUGUAGCAAGGAAGCCUGGUGAGGGUGGGAAGGCAUGUGGUGGUGCUGGUGUGGUUGCUACUGCUGCGGCUGCUAGUGACGAUGGCAAAGGUGGUAACGGUGCUGCUGCUAGCAAGGCGUGUGGUGGCAGCGGUGUGAUUGCUGGUAGCACCGGUGCUAUUGCUUACACGCGGCGUGGUGGGCUGGGGGGCGAGCACGCUGCUGCUAGCAACGGUCGUGUUGCUGUAGCAAGGAAGCAUGGUCGGGGUGGCAAGGCAUGUGGCGGUGGUGUGGCUGCCACGAGUGCUGCUGAGGGCUCGCAGGUUGCUGCUACAGCUGCAGCUGCAGCAGCUGGUGUUAGGCAUGCCUUUAGAGACGCAACGGUCGAAGUGAUUAGGCUUGUUGCCCCGGAUGCACCCAUGGAUGCAAUAAGACAUGCUGCUAUAGGUGCUGCUACAGGUGCUGCUACAGGUGCUGCUUCAGGUGCAGCCGCAGCAAAAGGAGCAAGUGGCAAUGCCGAAGCAGUGACGAGAGAACGGAUAAGAGAAGGGAUGAGAGAACGGACAAGAGAACAAAGGGGAGAAGGGACGAGAGAAGAGAUGAGAGAAGAGAGGAAAGAAGAGAGGGGAGACAGAGCAGGAGAAGAGAUGAGAGACGGGACGAGAGAAGGGGCAAGAGGUAGGAGAGAAGGAAAACGGUUGAAGAUUGAUCAAGGGGCAGAUGAAGCAGGAAGGGAGGAAGAGGAACCCGAGGGAAAGAAGCAAUGGGAAGAGGAGAGAGAACAGAGGGAAGAGGAGGAGGGUGUAGCAGGUGCAGUUUGCAACAGUGACUCGCCGCUAGGUGGAGCUGAUAAGGACGAUGGGGGAGAGGGAGGGGAAGAGGGUGAUGGGGAAAGUAAGGGCGGGCAAGGGGGUGGAGGGGUGUGUGGGAGCAGUGAGGGCGGUAAGUGGGAUGAUGCGUCUGUGGUUUGCAUCAGCGACUCUCCUGAGGAGCAGGCGGACGAGGAGGGGGGAGAGGGAGAGGAGGAGGGAGAGGAGGAGGAAGAGGAGGGAGAGGGGGAGCAAGAGGAGGGGAGGGGUCAAGAGGAGGAGGAGGACGAGGAGAAGGAGGGGGGGGAGUUGGAGGAGGAGGAGGAGGAGGACGAGGAGAAGGAGGGGGGGGAGUUGGAGGAGGAGGAGGAGGAGGAGGAGGAGGAGGAGGAGGAGGAGGAGGAGGAGGAGGAGGAGGAGGAGGAGGAGGAGGAGGAGGAGGAGGAGGAGGAGGAGGAAGAGGAGGAGGAGGAGGAGGAGGAGGAGGAGGAGGGGAAGGGGGCGAAGGCAAAGGGGAUUGGUGGUAGGGAUCAGCAGCAUGCUGAUUCAGGCACCGCUUCAGGUGCCGCUACAGGUGCGGCCGCAGCAAAGGGAGCAAGUAGCAAUGCUGAAGCUGCUGCUACCGUCAGACGGGGAGGUAGGAGAGAAGGGAUGAAAGAAGGGAUGAGAGAAGGGAGGAGAGAAGGGAGGAGAGAAGGGAGGAGAGAAGGGACAAGAGAAAGGACGAGAGAAGGGACAAGAGAAGGGACGACAGAAGGGGCGAGAGAAGGGACAAAAGAAGGGACGAGAGAAAGAAGGAGAAAAGGGAAACGGUUGAAGAUUAAUCAAGAGGCAGAUGAAGCAGGAAGGGAGGAAGAGGAACCAGAGGGAAAGAAGCAACGGGAAGAGGAGAGAGAAAAGAGGGAAGAGGAGGGAGAAAAGAGGGAAGAGGAGGAGGGUAUGGCAGGUGCAGCUUGCGGCACUGACUCACGGCUGGCACAUAGUGCAGCUGAUAAGGGCGAUGGGGUGGAGGGGGGAGAGGGAGGGGAAGAGGGUGAUGGGGAAAGUGAGGGCGGGCGAGGGGGUGGAGGGGUGUGUGGGAGCAGUGAGGGCGGUAAGUGGGAUGAUGCGUCUGUAGUUUGCAUCAGUGACUCUCCUGAGGAGCAGGCGGAGGAGGAGUGGGAGGAGCAGGAGGAGGGGAAGGAGGAGGAGGAGCAGGAGGAAGAGGAGGAGCAGGAGGAGGGAAAUGAGGAGGAGCAGGAGAAAGAGGAGGGGAAGGAGCAGGAGGAGGAGGAAGAAGAGCAGGAGGAGAAGGCGGGGAAGGAGAAAGGGAAGGUGGUAGGGAAGGAGGAGGGGAAGGAGAGGGGGAGGGAGGAGCGGAGGGGGAAGCGGAAGGGGGUCGGUGGUAGGGACCGGCAGGGUGCGAGGGACAUGUGGGGCGAUCUGGACUUGCGCAGUGGCUUGGACUCUGCGACUGGGCUGCUGUCCUCACUGCAGAAAGGGGUUGCGACUAAGGUACCUAAGGGAGGUGAAGGGGUACCUAGGGCACGGGGGGAACCUAGGGGAACAAGAUUCGUGAGGAAAGAGGGGCACGAUGGGGAGGAUGGGAAGGGCAGCAGAGAGGCAAGGCGUAAGGGAGGAAGGAUUGAGGUUCCGAAGGGAGUGGGGCGGGCAGGAGGACGAGCAAGGAGGCGGGGUAGAAUGCAGGAGGGCGAUGAAGACGUGGAAAUAGUUGGCGUGGGUAUGAGUGGGGGGAUGGGUGGGCGCACUGCUGGGAAGGAGUUAGAUGAGGAUUGCGAUGUGGUGGGCUGCAAGGGGAGGAGGGAGGAUGGAGUGAGGGAGGGGACAGGUGCUGAGAUUUUUUAUGAAGAAGGGGAGGAUGAGAUAGAAGUGGAGGAAGAGGGAAAGGAGGUUGAGGGAAUAACAGGGCAGGGGCAGGGAUGGAAGGGUGGAGAGUGGGAGAGGGCGGAUGCGGGGGCCAUAGUGAGGGGGGUGGAUGCAGCAGAGAGGAAGGGGGCGCCGACUCGCUUGGCCGGGCAGCUUGGGAAGGGAGUAGGUUGCAUGGGCGCAGGAGAGGGGGGGUGUGAUGUGGGUGUGGUGGAUGGGGUGAGUGGAACGAGUGUGGGGGAGGAAUCGGAGGACGAGGAAGGUGAAGUGAGAGAGGGUGAGGAAGAGGAGGAGGUUAAAGAAGUGGUGUCAGAGAAAGGGGAGAGAGGGGAAAGUGCCCAAGAGGAGGAGGAAGAAGCAGAGGAUGAUGAGGAGCUGGGGGGACGGGAUGAGUGGAGGGAAGAGGAGAGCGAGGAGGAGAUGGGAGAGGAGAGAGAGGAGGGAGACGAGGGAGAAGAGCAAGAGGAGGGUGAGAAGGGAGAGGAGGGAGAGGAGCGAGAGGAGGGAGAAGAGGGAGGGCAAAGAAAGGAGGGAGAGAAGGGAGAGAAGAAAGGGAUGAGAGGAGUGAAAAGAGGGUGGGUGGAGGGUGGCAAGGAGAGCACGUUUGUGGUUCAGAGUGGGGCUUACAAUGGGCAGGCGAAGCACAGGGAGGUGAGGGCGAUGGAGCAGCGGAAAUGCCACCAUGCUGAACGGGCAUCCGUGCAGCGCAUGCAGGCAGGGGCACAUGGGGCAAGGCAGGCCGUGUGCCAAGGGGAGGAGGCGCAGGGAGGGGAGGAAGGACGGGGAGGAGAGGAGGGGCGGGGAGAAGGGGAGGAGGGGCGGGGAGAAGGGGAGGCGAAGACAAGUGGAGAUGUGGUGGAGGUGGCAAGCACACAUGCGAUUACCCUCAGCAGCAGUAGUAGUAGUAGUGAUGGGCGCGCGGGGCGUGGGGAGCGUGAGGAGAGUGAGGAGGCAGUGGCGAGCCAAGAGAGCAGAGGAGAGCACGGCAGCAGCUGCAGCUCUGACUCCGAAUCUUCGAGGGAUGAACGGAGAGUGGGGGACGACAGGAGGUGUAGGGUGGUGGAAGGGAGGGAGGCAGAGGGUAGGAGCGGCAGGGAGGAAGGGAGGCAUGUGACAAGUCCAAAGGAGAGGUGGAGACGUGAGAAGCAGGGCAAAGGCAUGGCAGCGGGAGGUAUUGCCAGGCGGAGAAAGGUGCAACAGUUACAGCAGCAGCAGUUGAGGGAGAGGGAGCUGAGGGAGAUGCAGGAAAAGGGAAAGCGAGUGCGCUCACAGGGAGGGUCGCAGCUGCUCUUGUCACCUCGUGAAUUUCAGUCCCCUUCGCUUGUAUCCUUUGGCAUGCAGUCGCUCUCCCUUCAAUCACCUGCGCCUGUGCACGUGUCACACCCUGUACAGUCACAUGUACCCAGUGAUCACCCCUCUCACCCCCCUCACCCCUUGCACCCUCCUCUCUCUUCUCACCCCGCGCAUCGCCCUCACCCCACUGCUGCUACGUCGGAGCCGCGGCGGUCGUCACGGGUGAGCAAGAGGGACGAGCAGAAGCAGCAGCGGCUGGCAGAGAGGCGGCGAGAAAUGGGCGAGGAUCGCAGCCUCACCUUCCUCUCGCCAACCACCCCGUCUCUCGUCGCCAUGGCGCACGGCGGCCCGCGUUCCGCCCUUCAAGCUGGCCUCGCCGCGGUCCUUGCUGGCCUCGUGUCUCUCGCACUCGUCGCGGAAACUAGCGCCUCGACGCAGUACGACACGAUUAUAAAAUUCCAGGGGAAGGCAUUGACUGACUCCGCUCGCUUUUUUUUCUACAAUAGUCCGUGCAAAAAUGUCGCGUGGCGGUACGACACGUUAACCCCAAUCAACGCGAGCAUCCAGUGGGGCAACGUGGCGAACGUCAACCAGCUAAAUCUCAAGUGCAGCAGCAUCGCCUUCCACCCCGUCACGGACUGCAAGGGGGAUUCUUACGUGACGUACCAGCGCCCUCAGCCCAUCACCUCGAAGUCCUUCACCAACUGGACCCUCGCGACAGGCAAGGACUUGCCAGCGUCGAUGAAAUGCUGGACGGGCUGCGAGCGCUGCGGGACAGCCAUGUGCGCGUUGGUGGACGGCAAGAAGGAGUGUGUGUGCCCCACGUCCCAAGUCUUUGACGCCGCUGCAAUGCAGUGCCGUGCGCUUUGA